UACGGUUCUACAUGACAGGGCGAACUUCCCAAAAGCCUCAUUCGGCCAGCUGCCUCCGAACCUGCUUUUUGUACAACAUGAACACUGGAUUCUGCUGGUGAAAGGAGAGGCACCAUGCCUGGCGUCUGAACACAAGCCAGAGGCCACUACAAUCAGACGCUGGUUCUACAAAUAAAUCAAGUUCUGAAGGCAGUGCUUUGGAGGAAGUCAAGAGAACAAUGGGGAACACUAUGAAAACACCACGAACCACACCUGCGGCCCAUACAGCUUGGCAAUCUGGCCUCAGGAGUGAUUUUCUUGCUGUCCUUUAUGACUAUCCCACCCCGGAUAUAAGUCAGCCAAUCUUUCAAGUUGGGGAGAAGCUACGUGUGAUAUCAGAUGAAGGAGGCUGGUGGAGAGCUCAAUCCCUCACUACAGGACAAGAAAAUUACAUCCCAGAAACAUGUGUAGCAAAAGUUUACCAUGGUUGGUUAUUUGAAGGUCUGGGAAGAGAAAAAGCUGAAGAACUUUUGCAGCUUCCCAAUACCAGGAUUGGCUCUUUUAUGAUCAGAAAGAGCGAAACGACGAAAGGUUUAUAUUCGUUGUCAGUCAAGCAUGUACAGGUGAAACAUUAUCGAAUCUUCCGCCUGCCAAACAACUGGUAUUAUAUCUCUCCCCGGCAAACGUUUCAGUGUCUUGAGGACCUCGUAAAUCACUAUUCUGAGGUAGCCGACGGUCUCUGUUGCAUGCUCACCUCUCCCUGCCUCACCCAACACACUAUCAGCCAAGAAGUAAGGAACCAAGAGCCACCUGUGGUGAUGCGCAACAAGAACUUCACAUGGAAGGAUAAGCAGAGAUCAAUGGAGAACGACGAUGAAAUUGCAGACAUACUUGGGAUGGAAGACUCUGGCCUCAGCUUCGGACUCCGAGACAGUAUUACUUCCUAUCUUGCCCUAACUGGGGGAACCGACUCUUCUUAUGUGAGCAACAAGAAGAAAAGUCAGUCUGUCAUAUACCGGAGCAAGUACAAACCACAAAACCCCUUAAUUUAUAAUGAGGACUGAAGCCGAGGAAAGAGAAGACAGCCAAAGAGGAGACUGAGAUACUCAUUUCUGCACCCUUGGAACAACCCAAACUGCUGUUUUCUAACAGAGGGCAUGCCCUCACAAAGAGAGCCUGGAGCUUUUCCAAACAGCAACUGAACGCAGCUUUGCUACACUUCAGCUGGUGGGGCGGGGGGAGUUCAUAAGAGGAGCCAUUCACAGCAAUGUCAGGGCAGCAACAGAAGGUGCCGUUCAUACAGCCAAUGGCAUUAUUCAGCUUUGCUCCUGACAAUUUGCAAUUACGGUGCAUUAUAUGCAUCCUAAAAAAGUAGCACUUCAGUGCAGUGCUCAAAACGGCUUAACUUUAGGCACUUCCUGCUGCAGUAAAGCCUCCCGUCUGGGACAUGUCCUGGCAUCUAGAUCUGCAAUUCAGAGCAAAAUCUAGGAGUCACCAACUGCUAAGGAAAGGGCUUUUAAGAUCACCUCUGUUUACAGGAACAGAAAAAUACGUAUCCCUCAGGCGCACAAACUGUAACAGCUACAUUUCUGUGGACUAUCGUUCAAAUGAGAUAUGAAUGCCCCGCCUAACACACUUCAGCAGCGAUGUUACCCAAUUCCUCUCUUGCCAGCAUUUGCAACAGAACACAUAGAUCCAGAUCCUUCCCAGUUCCUGGUGGAGCAGAUACCAAGAUAACAGAGAUGUUUAUGGAUUCUAUGCAUUCCAUACGUUUCCAUAAAAACACAUAUUUAAAUGCAUACUUUGCAACGUGUCAAUGCAUCAGCUGUUUGGAUAAAAAAUAUGUGAAGAUCAUGCUACUUGAAAAAAGAUACAUAUUGGAAUACCUAUUUUAUGUAUUUUUGGAUGGAAAAGAAUUAUCCAGAGAUUUUUUUUAGCAGAAGAGAGAGGAAUGAAAAUUAAACCGUGUGAUGUUCCAAUGGAACAGAAAAAGAAAGUGCAGUCCUUCUCUACAUUUCACGCACUAUUCUAGGCACACGUUUUAAAGAAGGCUUUCUUCUCAUCACUGCAGGAACUCUGUAUUUUGAUCCAAAGCUAAAGGACUGCAAAUCUCAGCAUCACCUCUGCUGGUCUCAGUUACCCAUUUUCAUCUCCAUUUGUGAUGUUCUAUGACAACGAUAACCAUUGUUCAUCCUGAACCCUCCUUCCUCAGAUUUCUGGAGCUCCUUUAAGGGGUGCAGAACCCCAUAUAGGAACACAUGCAUUAGUUAAUAAUAAAAACAAUUCCUGCCUUGAUAUGUAGUAAUUGUGCCUCUGCGAUGAAGCCCAAAUGUCUCUGAUCGCCUUUCCCAGGAUGUGGGACAUAGCAUAAGAGCAUUUGAGAGCUGGAAAGGACCUUGGAGGUCUUCUACUACAACCCCCUGCUCAGUACACAAAUCUGCUACAGCAUCUGCUACAGUCAUCCAGUGUCUGUCUGAAAACUUCCAGUGAAGGAGAGCCUAUAGCAUCAAUGAGAGGCAUGCUGCAUCUUAUGGUCACCUUAUAGUGAUUCAGUGUCCCGCCAUAAAGGGAAGCACACCUCCCCUAUUGCUAUCAGUAGCAAACAGCAGGAGCACUCAAAGUACACCACAUCCACGAGGCUUUGGAGUAAACUGUUCCAGAUAACUCAAGGUGCUAAGCUACCUGUACAGAAAGCCAUGUGGUUGAACCCUCCCUGGACUUCAGACUGCCAGUAGGGAAACUACAGGUUUUUACGGAAAUGAACAGAGGAAAAGGGUGACGAUAGAACUAUUCUCUCUCUCCCCAGUGAUCUAGUUUUCUCAUCUAAGGAGACUUUUUAAAAAGAGGGUAGAGCAUUCCAUCUACAGUCUUGAGUGGCACAGUCCAGGAAAAACUCUACCGCAUAAUUUUGCAGUAUGUAAAGAUCAGGCCAAAUUGGAUUUUACCUUCCAUCCAACUCAGAGCUAAAAUGUUUUAAGCUUGUCCAUGGAUGACCAGACUUCAUCUGCAGUCCUAUAGAGGCUCUAGAUGUGUAUAUAAUCCUAUUUAUAUGGCACUGCCCUUGUAUAAUAUGAAUUGUAUUACCAGUGUACAAACCUUUGCUGAAACUGUUUUCUGAAAAGAUGUAUAAAAAUAAUAAUAAUAAACAUUAUGAAGGAAAC